GCACAAGGGCGAUCUUUCAGAUGCCGACGAACGUGCCAGCCUUCGACAUCCAAGUAACUUCCAAGGAUGAAGUUGUCCAGGACUCGAUACUUCUCGCCGAGGAGCUCUGGCAGCUUGCUUCGAUGGCGCACGGGCCUCACGGACAGUUCAUUGUAGUACAAGCAAACAAGGACUGUGGCGAUGCGUUCAUCAUCACAUCAAGCGCCAAGCGCAUCUUGGAUCAUAUCAAAUUGAAAUCUCCCAUGGGUACCCUCGUCGCACAGUUUGUGCAAAGCCAUAUCAACCAGUGUCACGACGGCGGCCUCUUUUGCAUCAUGCUAGCAUCGUCGUACGCAACGAUCCGUCCCCUUCCUUCCUCUACAGCCAUCAUCCACACAACCAACUGCAUUGUUAUUAGACUACUUCGAAGCGUCCACAAUGUCCUACAAGGCAUUCCCAAGCAUAGACUGGUCUCUGGUACGUACAUAUCUUCACCUAGAACAGCAAGUACAUCGAGAAUGUACAUAGGGUUUCGCCUAGCAUUGGACUGGACACUGGACGAGCUAGAUGGCAUCCAAGAGAACGACUUGGACUGGAGCGACCACGACGCCAUCGUGGCUGUCCUGCGAGGCAUUUUGUCGGCGAAACACGUGGCAGCAGUCCCGGAUGCGGCCAUGGCAAUGCUCGUGCACAUGUUUGUGCACCAUAUUCCCUGGCUAUUGGAACAUCCCACGGUGCCACCACUGGUUCGAGUGGUGGUAUCGCGGCCGCAGCUCCCUCACUUGACGGACCACAUGAUUCUUCACCACACAGUGUUGAUUCCUGGAUACCGGCACGUGACUCAUCUGCCGCUGCGCCACGUCACGGUCGCUUUGUUCAAUGUCACUAUUCGACCGACCACCACGCCAACUAGUGACAUUGAAGUCACUAUCAAAGUCGACUCGGGAACAUAUCAUUCGGUCAUGACGCCGUCAGCUGCUGGAGUCCUCCAAGAGGCUGAACUGACCGGCUGGGCCACCGUAGCCACCCGUUUGCAGGCUUGUGGGGUGCAGAUGGUCCUGUCUCAGAAGAAAAUUCCAGCAUUCCUAGCUGCCCGUUUGAACGACCUCGGAAUUGCAUCCGUCGAGCGCCUGUCCAUCCAACACCUCGGUCUAAUGACUCUGUAAGGCUGGUUUCGUGCUCAUCAUGGGGUACACGUAGACGCGGUCCAAGCGGUGACGGGUGCGGCCGUCUUGAGCGACUGGAUGGCGACAGACGUGACGGCCGCGGACCUCGGGAAGGUGGAUCAUGCGUAUGCGUUGGAACUUGGUGGCGUCGAGUAUGUCGCGCUGACAUGUGAUCCGGCGUCCCAUGAGACGAACGAGGUAUCAUAUGCACGGACACGACCAAUGUCGACGAUCAAGAUGGACUGUAUCGACGACAUGGCGUUCGAAGAGCUCAACCACGUGCUGCAAGUACGAGAAAUGGCGUCUUGGUUGGGGGGUUGACCCUGGGUGUUUAGGCGGCGAUACACGUGCUCACCAAUUUGUUGGUGGACCCCUCAGUUUGUGCAGGCGCGGGUGACACGGAGAGAGCGCUUGUGCGGCAGCUGCGUCGUCGUGCGGUGGGUCUCACGGCCGUCGAUUCGCGUGAUCGAGCCGAAUGUCGAGGAUUGAAGCGCGUCGUGGAUUCCUUUGUGGAUGCGUUGGAGAGAUGUACAUUGCCCGAGCAGCAAAAGGGAAGUGUCAUGCCGGAUGUGUUGGACUCCGCGGCAGUGAAGACAAGCGCCAUCGUGACCGCCGUCACCCUCGUCACGACACUGCUGCGAGUCGACGGCGUGAUCGUUGCUGGGGCAAGUUCGAAUCCUAAAUAGGGAAGGCAGAGAAUAUCCAAUUAAAUUCCCCUAUUUCUAUCAUGGCCAA